UCCCCACCUCUAGUUGUUGUAGUCGAGUGAAAAUGUGUGCGUUCUGCUGAUUUUUAAUUUACUUAUCUUACGGCUAAUCGGAUGAACUAGAUCGGCUAACUAUAUGCAAUAAUAAUAGUGAAUCAAGUGCAAUAUCGGAUUUGUUGGACGUAUGUGGACUGCAAGUGAGAGAGCGGGACGGCGACAAAAAAGACUCACACUGACGCACACUAACACACGGGCGCGCGCGCUGGUGCGUCUGUGUGUGUGCGCGAGUGUACUGGCUGUGGCUGUGUGUGUAUAAGUGUAUAGAGCGCGAAGGAAGAAGCAGCAACAAGAACUCAAGUGAAAAACUCAAAACAAACUCAAAUGUCGGCGCAGGGCGAUGGGGGCGGGGCAGGAGUUGGCGGCGGUGGGGGCGGGGCUGGAUCCGAUGGAGGCGGCAAUGGUGGAAGUGGCGGCCAAAGCGGCACGGCAAACGCCAACGGGGGUGUGGUGGUCACCAACGGCGGAGGCAGUUCGUCCGCCAAAAACCAACUGCCCCUCACCCCGCGCUUCACCGCCGAGGAAAAGGAGGUGCUGUACACCCUGUUCCACUUGCACGAGGAGGUCAUCGACAUCAAGCACCGCAAGAAGCAGCGCAACAAGUACUCCGUCCGGGAAACGUGGGACAAGAUCGUCAAGGACUUCAACUCGCAUCCGCAUGUGAGCGCCAUGCGCAACAUCAAGCAGAUCCAGAAGUUCUGGCUCAACUCCAGACUCCGCAAGCAGUAUCCAUAUAGAGACGGCAGCUCCUCCAAUCUCAGCUCUGGCAGUGCCAAGAUCAGCUCCAUAUCCGUGACCGUCGCCUCGGCGGUGUCGCAGCAGCAGCAGCAGCAGCUCCACCAGCAGCACGACGGCGUCAAGGUGGAGCCCGAGUACCAGAUCAGUCCCGACGCCUCCGAGCACAAUCCCCAGGCGGACACCUUCGACGAGAUCGAGAUGGAUGCCAACGAUGUGAGCGAGAUCGACGAGGAUCCCAUGGAGCAGCAGCAGCAGCAGGAGGCCCAGGCCCAGGCUCAAGCUCAAGCCCAAGCUCAGGCUCAAGCUCAAGCUCAAGCUCAAGCUCAGGCACAAGCUCAGGCACAAGCUCAAGCUCAAGCUCAAGCACAGGCCCAAGUGCAGUCCGCCGCCGCCGAGAUGCAGAAGAUGCAGCAGGUGAACGCGGCAGCGGUGGCGGUGGCUGGGGCGGCCAAUGCCACCAUGAUCAACGUGGACCAGAUCAGUGCGGAUAAGCUGACCCUCAACGAUCUGCUGCACUUCAAGUCAACGCGGCCGCGCGAUGAGUUCAUACUGCAGAUCAAGCAUCCAACAGAGGCCACCGCCACCCAGAUCCAUGCCAUCCCCUCGCAGGCGCAGCAACAUCCGAUGGCCACCAUCACCGCCGGCGGCUACAACCAGCAGAUCAUCAGCGAGAUCAAGCCGCAGCAGAUCACGCUGGCCCAGUACCAGGCGCAGCAGCAGCAGCAGGCUCAGGCCCAGGCCCAAGCUCAGGCGCAGGCCCAGGCGCAGGCACAGGCGCAGGCACAGGCCCAGGCCCAGCAGCUAGCCCAGCAGCAGCUGGCCCAGCACCAGCAGCUGGCCGCCGCCGUCCAAGUGCAUCACCAGCAGCAGCAACAGCAGCAGCAACAGGCGGUCGUGGCCGUUCAGCAGCAACAGCAGGCCGCAGCAGCGGCGGCUGCGGCGGCGGUCAAGAUGCAACUGACCGCCGCCACGCCCACCUUCACGUUCAGCGCCCUGCCAACGGUGACGGCGGCCACAACGGUGCCCGCGGCGGUGCCAGUGGCCGGGGUGGCCACUCCGUCGUCGGCUUCCGGCAACUCGGCGGCGGUCAACACGUCGACGGCCUCCUCCGUGAGCAUUAACAACACCAGCCUGGGCGGAGGCGGAGGCAAUGGGGCCAACAACAACAGCACGUCAUCGGUGGCGGCGGACAGUUUCGAGGAGCGGAUGAACUACUUUAAGGUGCGCGAGGCCGAACUGCGCUGCAAGGAGCAGCAGCUAGCCACGGAGGCCAAGCGCAUCGAGCUCAAUAAGGCGCAGGAUGAGCUCAAGUACAUGCGCGAGGUGCAUCGACUGCGAGUCGAGGAGCUCAAGAUGAAGAUCCGCAUCCUGCAGAAGGAAGAGGAACAGCUGCGCAAGUGCUCCAACUCAUGAGAUCUGGAGGACAUCAGCGAUGCCGAUGAGGAGCCGCAGCGCACGGAUGCCUACAUGGAUCGCUUCACCCCAGGGGGCUUUUAGUUCUAUAGUCUUAGGUCUAAACAACUACCAUCUACUACUCCUAUCCUGAAUCCCUUAUCCCUUAUCCAUUAUCCUCAAUUCCCAAUCCCCAAUUCCACAUCCCAACUUCCACACACACAAACACACACACACACACACAUUUUUUUUUGUUUUAGGUUCUUUUUUCUAGUUGUCGCGGGGCGGGGGACAUCGGUGCGACUUUAGUCCACCGCUGGCCAGGAUUACCGACUAAGCCAUCACUUAUUGUAAAACGCAAUCAAUCAAUUAAACUGACACACGAAAAACACAGCAAAAUACAGUGGGCGUGGCCAACAAAUCCACGAUGAAAACUUA